CAGGGCUUUACUAAGCCUGGUCCUAACUGCUAAGUAGGUCUUAGUUAAGACCAGUCUUAAGAGUUGACCUAACGUCUGUUGCACCAACCAAACUUAAGCCUAGGCUUAACUACGCCUGGUCUUAGCGUUGCGCGUCCAUGUGUUGUUGACCAGCAGCGUACGUUGCUAGGUUACGCUGUAACGUUGCUAGGUUACGCUGUAAACUAUCUUCCGCUGUUUUGUUAACUUGUAACGUUAGCCGUAUCAAUGGAGGAGCAAAGAAAAAGAAAAGAAAAUUUCACCGACAUUGAGAUACGAAAGUUAAUAGAGCUGUACAGUCAGCACAGACUCACACUGACUGCCAAGCAAUCAAAUACAAUAACAAACAAGAAAAAACAAACAACAUGGAGACAGAUAACAGAGGCGAUUAACGAUUGCUCUGACUCCGGCUGCCUUCGGACAGAAAGCGAUGUAAGAAAGAAGUGGAAAGACCUCCUGAGCAAAGCAAAAAAAGAUUUGUCUGCAAAAAAACACCACCCGACCGGCGGGGGUCCUCCCCCAAAAUCUUCCGUGUACAGUACCAUCAUUGUGGAUAUCUUUGGAGAGGAUUCCCCGGCUUUUAUUGGUUUGGUCGGUGCGGAAAGUGGCGGUACCGACAUGGAAGAAACUGCUGUCUCUCCAGAGAUGGAUGUCGAUCACUCAAGCGAGAGUGUGAUUUGUGAAGACUCGAUGGAGGACCCAGUCACUCCACAAAGUUCUCACGAACACAGCAGCGGUGCACCGCCGGUGAAACGGAUGAGGAGGCUGGAUAAUCUUCAGCAGACACUUCUUGAGAAAGAAAUUGUUAGAGUGGAGACUGAAACAAAAAAAUUACAGACCGAGCAGGAAAAGUUGGAACUUGAAAAACAAAAGAUAUUGUUAGAAAUACAGUUGCUCCAACAACAGAUAAACAGGUCAUCUUCGCCUAUUUCUGAAGAGGAUGGGCGGUCUUUUGUAAUUCUGUAA